CGCAAGGUUGUCAACUUGCGUCGUGUUGGAAAAAUUUUACGUCGCUAUGUUCAGUCCAGUCAGAUCUCGAAAUAAAUAAAUUGAAUAUGGCUGAAGUCGAAGGACAUAAACAUCGAGAAACUGAUUACCAUGAGGGAGAAGGAGCGGAGUGUGCCGCCCGCCUGACGCGUUGAGUGGUACCGUUGGACGGACUGUAGUGAACAUGACCGGGGGCGCGGACAGGAGCCUCCACUCAGGCGAGGUGGUAGGCAAGCUGAGUUUGCGUGUCAAUUAUAAAGACAUACAAACGUUGUCACAACCUGUUGCCAGGGUCGAGGCUCCAUUGACAGAGAAGCCGACGCCGGCGCCCCGCAGCGGGCCGCACGGCGUGCAGGUGGUGAACACGGGCGUGGACCACACGUUCACGCUCGACGAGGAUGUGCUCAAGGAGCUGCUGCUGCAGGACGACAUCAAGGACCGGCCCGUCGUCGUGCUGUCCGUCGCCGGCGCCUUCCGCAAGGGCAAGUCCUUCCUGCUCGACUUCUUCUUGCGUUAUUUGAAUCACAAGUAUGGGUCCGACGGCGGCAAUGACUGGCUGGGCGGCGACGAAGAGCCGCUGCGGGGCUUCAACUGGCGCGGCGGCUCCGAGCGAGACACCACCGGCAUACUCAUGUGGUCCGAGAUCUUCAAGGCCACGCUCGACAAUGGGGAGAAGGUAGCCAUAAUCCUGCUGGACACGCAGGGUGCCUUCGACAGCGAGUCCACGGUGCGGGACUGCGCCACGAUAUUCGCGCUGUCCACCAUGGUGUCCUCCGUCCUCAUAUACAACCUCUCGCAGAACAUACAGGAGGACGACCUCCAGCAUUUACAGUUAUUCACUGAGUACGGGCGGCUGGCGCUAGAAGACAGCGGGCGCACGCCCUUCCAGAGGCUGCAGUUCCUCGUCAGGGACUGGAGCUUCCCCUACGAGGCGCCCUACGGGGCCCAGGGGGGACAGACUAUACUACAGAGACGACUCAAGGUAUCGUCCAACCAGCACCCGGAGCUGCAGUCGCUGCGCAAGCACAUAACGUCGUGUUUCUCCGAGAUCGCUUGCUUCCUCAUGCCGCACCCCGGCAUCCGCGUCGCCACCAGCCAGGACUUCGAUGGCAGAGUCAAAGACAUCGAGAUGGAGUUCAAGUGCUCCCUGCAGCAGUUGGUGCCGAUGCUGCUGGCGCCGGAGAACCUGGUGCCGAAGCUCAUCAACGGACAGAAGGUGCGCGCCAAGGACCUGCUCCAGUACUUCAAGUCAUACAUGAACAUCUACAAAGGAAACGAACUGCCCGAGCCUAAGAGCAUGCUUGUGGCCACAGCCGAAGCCAACAAUUUAACAGCGGUAGCGGAAGCGAAGGAGUUGUACACGAAAUUGAUGGAAGAGGUGUGCGGCGGGGCGAAGCCCUACCUGCAGACACAGCUGCUGGAGGCCGAGCACUCGCGCAUCAAGGACAAGGCGCUCCACUCCUUCCACUCCAAGCGCAAGAUGGGCGGCGACGAGUUUAGUCAGAGCUACUUCAACCAGUUAAUACAGGAUUUAGACGAGCAAUUCAACCAGUUCCGAGCGCAGAACGAGUCCAAGAACAUAUUCAAGGCGGCGCGCACGCCGUCCGUGUUCUGCGCGCUGGCGCUGAUGUUCUACGUGCUCAGCGGAGUCUUCGGGCUCGUCGGACUCUACCCACUCGCCAACCUCGCCAACCUCACCAUGGGCAUCGCACUGCUCACUCUCGUGCUCUGGGCAUACAUCCGGUAUAGCGGAGAGAUGCGCGAGAUCGGUGUAACAAUAGAUGACAUCGCCAACGUGCUGUGGGAGAAUCUGAUGAAGCCGACGUACCAGGCGUGCAUCGAGAAAGGCAUGGAGCACGCGGCGGCGGCGGCGGCAGAGAGGGCGCUGGGCGGCGCGGGGGGCGCGGGGGGCGCGGCGCCCGCCGCCAACGGCAAGCACAAGGUGUUGUGAUGGUGGCGCGGGCCCCCGCACUGUCGCCCGCCCGGCCACUGCUAGAUAAAUUUAAAGUAGCCUUUAUUUAGAGUACGGACCACGAGGUCACACUGAGCCCGACUGGUGACACGUUCACGCUGCGCCGACAUUGGACGACUAAAUCCUUCGAUUAUGAUUUUGGUCAUCACACUAGAAUUCUACUUAUUUUUCUAACUAAACAUUUAAGAUAACUGCUAGAGAAAGCUUACUGCAAAUCUUAGCGUAUGAAACAGCUAUCAGAUGUUUCCAAAAUCCAGUCAGUAGUGGCGAAGAGAUGUACAUACAAGUUGUAUCCCAGUCGGACUCUAGUCACUAUGAUCGAAGGAUGUUCGAGUAACAAAGGUUUAGCCAGUAGGCCAUUAUCGUGACCUGGUAUUGUGAAUAUGGUUUAAGGGAACUUAGUUAAGAGCUGGACUAACUUAACUAGUUGUGGUGCGUUGACUAAAUUAGUCGAUGCGUCUGCUAUUGGGAGACGGAUGAAAUAUGAUAAUUCUGGCCAUCAGAUAAAUUAUUUUUGUAUCUAUCAUAGCUCUCUUCGUUUUAAUUCGUUGCUCAUGGAUUUGAAACAUCUUUGCGCAAAAUAAGAGUGAUUGCGCAAACUAAAAGUUUCCACUACAGUUGACGGAUUAUCGUAAUUAUCUUAUUUCAUCCCGACCUGUCUCGAUGGUUUAUAAAUAAAUUGUCGAAGUGACGAUUCAAGUGUUGUCAUGAUUUUAAACAACGAAAUGUUGAGCUUUAGUAAAUCUGCUGUAAGUAUAUUCUGUCCUAGUAUUUAUAUCUGUGCUCAAUUUGUCUUAGUGCCGCGUUUAUUUGUUCCCGUGUCGUUAUUUAAAAUCAUGAAAGUCGUUACGAAUUUAAAGUUUUAUUGUUGACGAACAUGGUGUCUGUAAAGUAUGACACAUUUGUUUACGAUCAUUGUACGUUGCGCGAGACGUUUGUUUUAAUAAUUUCCUAAGUAAUGGCAAUAAUGCUCCCGGAUCCAGAGGUAACCUUCACCGAAAUUAUAACAGAAAUGUCACUGUAAUGUAUGGAUAGAGAAACCUACGAUUGCCACAUAAAACAUUUGUGAUAAGUCUACGAAUAUUUGAGAAAUAAGCAAAAUAUGAUAAAUUUUGCAUUUAUUCUAUGCGACGGUCCAAGUGCCGGCGAGAGACCGCGCGGUGCUCGCCGGACACUUCUUAUGGUUUAUACUAUUUACAAAGGAGGUAUAGGUUAAAUAAAGCAAUAAGGUAAAUAACAAAUUUAAUAGUAAAAGUAACAGAGUAAUAAUCUUGUGUAAUUAUAGUUGUAAAGGAUGCACAAACAGGAUUUAUUUUGUCACGUUUAGUCUCGAAACAUACUCCUACACUCGUUGCCUUGCACUGUAUAAAGAAUCAUGUACUUAAUCCUGAAUGUAACAUUUAUUUUGUUAUACAUCCGAGGUCCGAAAUUAAUGUAUAGUAGUCAAUCAUGUUCGAUAUAUUCUAUAUUUUAUUUUUGCAUUUUAUUUUUCUUUUAAAUAAGUCUUUGUGUGUUCAAAAUUUUAGUCGAUUAUGCUCAAAAUUAGGGAUCCUUCAUGGUUUAACGUAGAUGGGAGAGGCGCACUGUUCGUCUAACAUUCACGAAUACAAAUAUAAGUCCUCGAGCACUUUGACCUGUGAUUGUAAGGUAGAAUGUACAUGUACAAAGCCAGCAUAUCAACCCGCUUUAUAUCGCUGUGUACUGCUAAUGUUGGUCAAAGUGUGAGUGGGUGCGCCCCCCGCCGUGUAGGAGCCAGUGUCGCAGUAAGUUAGCAACACUCCAUCACUACACAGCCUGCCUGCAACCUGUCCACUGCCAGCCGACUCUCUAUAUCACUACUAGAAUCUCACACCGCAGCCCGCACGUUCCCGCUCACAUAAAGCAAGUCACACGCGUUGCUAACUUACAGACACUCGAGUAGUUGUUUAUAACAAAAUGUAAAUAAACGUUUUAUAGUAAAAUAGUAACAUAUCGUGAAAAUUUUUAUAUAUAAAUAAUAUAGCAUGUGCCAAUCGAAAUUCAUUGAAAAUGAAUGUUGUUUCAGUUUUCUUGGCAUGGGAUAAUAAAUAGUUCGUUGAGAGUUGAUAGUUUAUUUUGUUGAUAACCUUACGUACGACGGCGGUUGUGAUGGUUGUAUUGAGUUCGCGACCGCACGAGGGGAGUUUCAUGUAAAUAUUUGUUUUAAUACAAUAAAGUUGACUAAAAAACUU